AUGACCGAGAAAUAUAAGGAGACUAUAUUCACGGCUUUGGGAAAUCCAUCAUGCAGCAAAGGAUGGCUUCGAUGGAUUGUCCAAUUAUUUUUCGGAAUUAUCAUUGUGUCCAGUUUUACAUUGAUUCUGCUAAUGUCUUUAAAGACAAGGCCUUCGAAGCAUGAACAACUUACAAGAUGCAGAAUUCAUAACUGUAGAGUGGUUUGUUUUGAAACACCAUAUUAUGAGAAAUAUGAGAAUGAUAUUGUCGAAGCGGCGUGGCAAACUAACGCUAUCUGCCCAACAAUAGUACUAACCUUACAACGCCCACACUUUCCAAAUGGCACACUGCCCCAGAAUUGGUUGUCUAAAAUACGCUCACAUGUAAAUGAAUUAGCGAUUAUUGACGGCAAUCUAAAUCAUAUACCACACCGUGCUUUUAAUACGCACUUCUCUAGUAAAUUGGAUACAUUAAUAUUGGAAAAGGUCGGGUUAUCGAGCUGGGAGCCCGAAACUUUCAUGGGUUUGACAGGCCUCAAACAGCUGUACAUCAAAGAUUGCGUUUUCAAAAAUGUAACAAGAAACGCAUUGCAAGCUGUUGACGACACUUUAGAAUUCUUGGAUAUAAAAGCGGGCUUUGAGUGGAAUCCAAGAAACAUUACUGGAUCGGCGGACCUUAAAGCAAUAAGCGUUGUGGAUUUUUCAUUAAACCCAUUUUACAGUAUUCUGGACAAAUUCAGCUUUUCACAGAUACGAAUGUGCAAGAUACUUCAUUUAAAUUCUUGUCGUAUAAGCUAUCUUGGACUGGGAACUUUUGAUCCUUUGGAUUACAUAGAGAAGAUAUAUUUAAAUGACAACUAUUUGGUCGCUGUUUCUGAUGGAUUGUUCAGAAAAAUUAUCCUGCGAACACCAAGAAUAGCUUUACACGAUAAUUUGUGGUAUUGCAAUUGUUCUUUCACUGAUAUAAGACAGUUGUCAUCUAGUGGUCUUAUAAUUGUGGACCCAAUAUGUCGUCACCCUGAACAUUUAAGAGGUCAUACAUUUUCAGAUUUUAACCAUUAUUGUAAAAGAAAUGAAAAGCCCCAACCAGAUUUAGAACUGGGUGAGGGCAAUGAAGUUAACGAUCAUGAAUCGAAUAACGAAACACAUACAUUUCAUAUAAAUGGCGUUUGCUACAACUCAACAUGUCAAGUAUUUAGAGUUGAUUCUGAUGUAUAUAAUAAUGGUUGUCGUUUAAAUAGAUUAAAAAUAGAUGAAAUGACAAGAGCUGAUGGUUCAAAUUUAUGGCCUGAAGCUCAAGACAGUGACUGGUUAAGUUUGACAUUUUCUGUCCGCAGCAAUCAACUGUCGAUCGUAGAGUUGUUACCAAAGAACCUGACCACAGAACACGGACUACUUUGGUUUGAAUCGAGUUGUCCAGAAGAUGUGUAUUGCAUAAACUCAAUUCCGGAUGUUUUAAAAAUAUUCGAUCAACGUUAUGGUGUGCAAUACACGUUCUGUCUCUUUGAUUUGCGUUCUUCAAUUAUAAAGUCAAGGCAGUGUAUUUCCUAUAAGUUUCCUUUAUCAAGUGAUGUGAAAGAGUAUUCAGAGAGUAAAUUCAUGAUUAUUGGAUUUACGAUUCUGUCGAUUAUAUGCCUGAUCUGUGGCGCUAUCUGCGUUUACGCGUUGAUUCAACGCAACCCAAAUCUGUUGAAAGGAAAUAAACGAAUUGUGUUUGUAAAGCAUAAAGAAAUCAAUGCAUUAAUACUGCCUCCUAAAGUACCCUUACGAAGCUUUGAUCACUCAAACGAUGAUAAUUUAGGGAAGAAAAUCUUUUUUGUGACAACUCAUCAACAAAGUGUUUCGAAUUUAGAAAGAUCCGAGUCAUUCAGUCCUAGUAGCAAUGAAGUGAGUUAUAUAUCAGCGUUACAACCGACCCAGGAGCAAUUAACGCAAUGGCGAAAGAAACAAUCUUUAAAAUCACCGUAUAAAUCUCCUACAGACUUCAAUUUUUCUAACAUUUUCAAUAAUGAUUCGCUGCCAUAUUACUCGCUAAACGAAAAAAUCUACGACACGCCAUACGACCCGGUUAGAAAUUAA